CCACGAAAUAUUUGACCUGCCACGGGGCUAUUUACUAACUUACUUGUGUUACAAGUUACAACAAUCGUUUUUCUUCAAUGGAAGCACCUUCCAUCUCGAACUCGAAUAUGUUGAGUUGCCCCUUCUUUUCUGCACUAGAGAAUAUAUACCUAUCCAUACCCAUCUAUCCAUCUAUCUUUUAUACCUUCUAAGUCCCCAAAAGAUUAUUUCAAAGUAUUUUACAAGGAGUCAUGUAAGGGACAGCUUGGCCUGAAAGCAAAGCAUAGUAAACAAACAUCAGGCUUCAGAAACCACCACUCUCCCCUCCUAUUACUUACUAACUACAAAUCCAGUUCUUCGAUAUGGAAACCUGGGCAAGUCAACACUCCGGCCCCAGCGCCACACAAGAUUCAGGAACACCUCGACUCGUGUGGCUUGUCGCCUCCGCUGUGGAGACAUCCGUCCAGCAGAACGAGAGGGUAAUCCUUCUUGCCAGGGGUUCGAGAAAGAAAGACGAAGUCACCGUCUUCCACGGAUCAAAAUCGCCAACACUGACCAUCAGGCAGUACCUGGAGCGCGUGUUCAAGUACGCGAAAUGCAGCACGUCGUGCUUCGUCGUUGCAUACAUCUACCUGGAGAGAUAUCUGCAGAGAAGAAGGGGCAAUCGGCUGACUCUACUGAACGUCCAUCGACUUCUGAUCACCAGCAUCCUGGUGGCCGCCAAGUUCAUAGAUGAUGAGUGUUACAGCAAUGGCUACUAUGCGAAAGUGGGAGGAGUCAGCACAGCAGAAUUGAACAAAAUGGAGUUGGAGUUCUUGUUCCACCUGGAUUUCAGACUCAAUGUCACAGUGGAAUGUUACAGGAGCUACUGCUGUAGGUUAGAGAGGGAAGGAAGUGGAAGAAGAGGUUACAAGAUAGAACAGCCGUUUCAUCCCUAGAAAAGCUGAGAGCAGAGCAUUUAAAGUGUCAAGUUACCUUAUCAGUUUCUUUGAGGGAGGGGGAGGGGGGGAGAGAGCGCUGUUGCAACAAAGUUUCCUUACCAGUUUCUCAACCUCGAAACAUCUUCAAAUCGUUCAGAUUUUGUAUAAACAUGGGACAUCAUGACAUAGGAAGUUACAUCAUGAGGACCCAACUUAAACAACUCCUCUGCAACGAGCUCAGCUAGUUCAAAAUCAUCUUAAGUUCUGCUAGAACCAAGCAACGCUCCCCAAACACUUGCAUCUACCUGCAUUGGCAUCAUCUCGAUCAACCUAUAAGUCUCGAUCAAACGGCCUGCCCUUCCUUGGAGAUCAACCAUGCUAGCAAGUUGCUCGGUACCAAGACAAUGUUGUAGUCCUUAAUCGUGCUCUAGAAAUGCUUCCUUCAUCUACUAACCCCGCAUGUCUGCAAGCGCUCAACACCGCUGUGAAUGUCAAGCGAUUGAGAAGAAGUUGAGAGCCUUAGUUUUUCCAAGACACAACAGUUUUUCCUGGCAAAAUUUCAAAAACAUCCUCUGCCAGUUAUAUGUUCCCACAUUUUGCAUACAUGUCAAUCAGGACAAACGAGACAGAAACAUUGGUCCCCAACUCUCACUUCUUAACCAGACAGAAACAUUGCUCAAUGUUAGUGUUUGUCAUAAACCAGUUGGUCCCAAUAACUCGAGUUGUUGGGAGAAUGUUAUGCUGGAUCUUAUACAGGCUCCUGUAUAGUACUUAACUCGAGUUGUUGGGAGAAGGUUAUGUUGGAUCUUAUACAGGCCCAUGUAUAGUACUUAACCACUUCCUUACUCAAUACUCUCAUACUAGGAGAGACAGAAAUAACUAACCGUAGUUAUAUGAUCAUAUUCGACCCUCUCGCACAGCAUUCCUCAUAACAGCUUUAUUGCAAUUCUUCCUACAUUAUUCUGCUCAUGUGAUACAAUCACUGCAUUCCUGAAACCAGAUAUUUCACCACCAUUCUAUCAACCAAUGCUCUGGAUGUAUCAAGAUGUCCACAUUUACCAUACAAAACCAUCACGCGUGGAUCACUUCUCCCAGGUUCAAAAAUUCCAAGUCAGCACAACAGGAAGGACACUUGCCAAAGUGAUUGCAUUUGGCUGUGCUUUUGAACAAAUCAUCUUCUUAAAAAACCCCUUGUGCACACAACCAGCAACCACUGCUGUCCAUUUUGCACAAAACCAGCACCCAUUGCUGUCCAAGAAACAAUGUUUCUAGCACCCAUUAGACUGAACAAUUUCUGGUUCUGCAUACUGAUUAUAUCGCCAGCCUGGGCAUACAUGGAAACUAAAGAACUCUGUACAAAAACAUCUACAUCAAACCCACUUUUAACAAUAUUGCAGUGAACUUCAGUCCCUUCCCGUAGCGCAGAUGACCUAAUCACGAAAGGGAUAGUAUAGUGGUCUGGUAGCAACCUACUAUAGUGCAUGCUUCUGUAAAGAAUUAUAGCCUUAUGGCAAGGACCCACAUUGGUAUAACCACUGAUCAACUUAUUCCAAACAAAAAACAUCCUUUUGAUGCACUCUAUCAAAUAGGGUUUGAGCAUAGUCCAUGGUUAGAGAUAGCUCCCAAGCCAAGGCAACUAAUUUUGUAGACAGCAGCAGAUCGAAGUGAGAUUCCCCUCGUGAGAAUCACAGCCUGGAUGCAUUUAUGAAAUUCUAUCCCAAGUCCAGACACUUCUCCAAUGAACCCCCCGUGAUCCCAAAGGGCAAAGAAAUUCAGCGAUACAAAUGUUCUUCACGGUAGCAUUUGAUCAAGCAGGUGGAGUGCAUACUUUCCCUCACAAAAAAUUGGGUUGCAGAUCCACCGCGAGGGUGGAUAGCCUUAACCGGAUGUGUGGUAACAAGAAGGACCGUAGUCCAUUCCCGACCCUGUCAGGGGAGAUGCCAACCAUCUCUCCUUUCUACGAACACAAGAUCGUUAUCGACCACUAAAGACUAUAAACAGAAAAUUCUUAG